UCUGGAGUCCAUCUGAUGGCAUCCUCCUUGCUCUGGCUGUUGAUGUCUCCACCCCAGCCCACUGCAGGUGGUGUCCACCAUCCCUUGCUUGUCCUGGAUGGUUAUGAAGGUGAUGGAAUCCGACUCAAAUGCCUCUCUGAGAGGUUGUUUGCUGACGUCCAGGUGCUGUGGAGAAGUGGUGGAGGAGAAGAUGUCCUUGGGACUCCCCUCAGCAACAGCAGCACUGCUAAUGCCAGCAGCUCCCUUGUCCUCAAGCCAGGGUCUGGGAACUCUGUCUCCUGCAAAGUCAUUGACAAAGUGCUGAGGACAUCAACAGAGUCUUCUGUGGUCAUUGCAGAUGUCUUCUUCCCUGCCACCUCCCCUUGGCUGGCAGCUUUCAUUGUGAUCCUGCUUCUGAUCCUGCUCCUGGUCCUCUCUGCCCUCUACAAGAUCAGAGUGUACAAGAAGAUAACAGCUCGGGAAAGUAAGUCCCAGUUGGGCAUCUGUGGGGCAGCAAGAGGAAAUGCACAAAAGGAAUUUCAGGAAGACAUGGACCAGCUCCAGAGGGAACUGGAUGAGGAGAAGGAAAUCUUUGAAAAAGAGAACCAGGAGCUGCUGAGCAAAAUUGAGUUCAGGAGGGCUCGCAGCCAUGCAGUUCAGAUUACUCUGGAUGAGAGCUGCAAACAUCCCAACCUCAGCAUCAAGGAGAAGAACAGAGUCAUGGCCUGCACCCAGCCCCAGCCCCCACUGGAAGCUCUGGUGGUGGCCAGGGAAGGGUUUUCAGGAGGGAAACAUUACUGGGAGGUGGAGGUGGGAGACAAAUCCCAGUGGGAGCUGGGUGUGGUGUGUGAGGAGGUCAGGGAGGGGCUGAGAAACAACAGGGCCACAGCAGGUGGGAAUUGCUUCAGCCUGCAGCUCUGCCAGGGAGAAUACAGCUUGAGUGGAGAGGCUGGUGUGAGGACCUGGAAGCCCUGCAGCGUGGUUGGUGUCCUCCUGGAUCAGGAGCAGCAGCUGCUGGCGUUCUUUGAUGUGGAGGGCAAGCAGCUCCUUCACCGUCUCCGCUUCCACUCCUCUGGGAGGCUCUACCCAGCCUUCAGCCCAGGCUCUGAUGGCAAAUGGUUGGGAGUUCGGCCUGUGAGGGUUUAGGGCCAUGAGAGCCUCCCUGGGACUUCCCUCCACAGGGAGCUAUCAAUAAAUUCA